CCAAAGUCCAAACAGUCGCAUUCUCAGCCUCAUCAACACUUUGACGCAGAUCCCGGGAUAUCUGUCCCCGACUUUUUCGUUGCCGCGCCGCAUACGACACUCGGCCUUUGCCGCUCUGACGGAGGCUAUCCGUCUACCUUACUCUCCAAUUGCCCUCGCUUGUAAGGCUGCGAGUACCCUUCCAGCGCCACAGACAUGGCCGACAAAAUGGACCGCGGUCUGGAUGAGAUUAUCGCAGACACGCGCAGCAGCGGUCCCCGAAACAGACGCGGCGGCGGCGACCGUAGACGCGAUCGCAACGACUACCCUCGCGACGGCGUAAGAAAGUCCACCCGAAGCGAGCCUAGAGCCAUCGAUAGCGAGUGGGUUCACGAUCGCUACGAAGAGAACAACUCCCGCAGAGCUCCUGCUCCCCGUCGCCGUCGCGAAUCACCCGGUCGUAGCGAGCCCACUGGGUCGAAAUUGAAGGUCGAAAACAUUCACUAUGACCUGACAGAAGAAGAUUUGGAUGAAUUGUUUGCCAGGAUCGGUCCUGUAGUGCGCCUCCAGCUCCUCUACGACCGCGCAGGACGUUCCGAUGGCACAGCCUACGUGACAUACGAGCACCGAGACGAUGCGCUCGACGCUAUCCGCCAGUUUGACGGUGCAAAUGCGAACGGCCAACCGAUCCGACUGACGCUGAUGCCGUCGCGAAACCCAUUCGAUACGGCUGUAAUGCCUGGCCGCCCCUUGGCAGAGAGAAUCUCAGCCCCCGGCGAUAGACCUCGUUCGCUGUCACCACGGCGCCGAUACGACGAGGGCGACGCAGCACGGAAGGGCAUUGAUAGGUACAUUCCAGGCGGUGGCAAUCGCUCCAGAAGUCCCAUGCCUCCCCGCCGUGGGGGGCGUCGUCCUGGCGGCAGGCGUGAUGGUGGCGCCCCCAAAGAACAGGAUGGGGGUCGCGGCGGUCGAGGAAACCCGAGGACUAAGAAGACUCAGGAGGAACUCGACGCUGAGAUGGAGGAUUACUUUGGCGGCGGCAGUGGUGGUGUCGCCGCAACGGGGUCCGAGGCGCCAAACGGCAGUGCGCCGGCUCCAGCUGCGCACGAGGAUAUGGACAUGAUUGAGUAGAGUCGCCUUCCAAAACGGGACACCUAAGUCCUAUUCUAAGGUUGCUGGGGGAUUGGAAGGCUGGCGCUCGCCUACCCCUUGGUCAUCUCAUGGCUUGAUUGGGCAUCCGCGAGAGGGUGGUUAUCUAGCCCAUCAUCCGGGGCACGUCACACUCGACACGAAGCCGUAUGGAAGUCAAGUGUACACUAGUGAUUGCAGUUCCAAAUGUCCAUCGUGCGGUUCUCCUGUGUC